AUGCGCCCACCGGAGACUCUCUCAUCUGGAUUGCAUAUCGUAACUCCAGAUUCGACCAUCGAUUCCGCUCAAGCCAUUUUUCUACGAUGGGGUCCAACAAUCACAUGGUGCUGGACGACUUGGCACGACCCACGUAUUAUGGAUGCUGAGGUGAUAGACUAUGUGGUCAGCAAAUGUUUGCGCUUGAUACCUGGAGACUUCCUCACGUUGCGAUGUGCGAAGACUGCUAGCUGGUUGCAUCAGAUCCCAGAUGAUCGUAAUGCGGACGAGUUUGUCAUUGAGGCUGCGGACCCCCGGCGUUGGGAUGAGACCCUCAUCUUCACAAUAGCGCGUAUUCCCCUGGCCGCGGCCAUUGCAAUCACACGAUUGAUCCAUCACAUCAUGUCUGCCCUGACCGCAGCGACAAGCGCAACUCCGUGUGUCGGAUUGCAGGACAUCACACUUAAGGCCUGCUGGGCAGCGACACAACUGUUGCAUGCUUUCGAGAACAACUCGGAGGAGCACGACGUGGUCACCAGUCUGUCUGAUAGCUUAUGCAGACUUUUCAUCAUCAUGCGCCAAGAUGAAGUUGAUUUCAUAGUCAGAGACCUUGUCAUCGAGGGUAUAUCAUUCAUUCGCGCCGAUAUUCUACGACAGGUCAUGAAGGACGUUUUGUCCGACACGAGGCUCAAGUUCGCGGAGAUAUGGGAAGAGAGUAAGGGCUCAGGAGGUCUCACUUAUACCUUGUUGUUAACCAUCUGUGGCAGAUCUGUCGGCUAUCAGUCUACUGUCGUGGAUUGGCUCAAUCAUGAAGCUUCAGAUUCACUUGGUUCGCGCACCCUUGGUGAUUCGUUACUUGUAACUUUGGCUACGUAUGAGAUAUCCGAUCUGUCAUCGGAUGACACUGUCUGGGACGACAGCGCCAUCUGGCAGAUUGCGACUGCACGUAGUUCCAUGAACCUGGCGACGGCUGCUGCAUUUGCUACAUAUCUAUCUGUCAGCAUUCGGAGACAGACUUGUGACGAUCUUAUGCAUGCCGAGGCAUACAACUACUUGCGCGACGUGCUUCUUUUAGUUCUGAAACACCAGUUCCUUGCUGCUGAAGAGUCGAUCGCCGUGCUUGUAACUCUCCGACUUGGACAGAUUACGAGGGGACUCUGCUCGGAGCUGCAGGAAGAUGACUUGGCACUCGAAGAAAAUAUCUCGUAUCAAAUCAUUUAUGACGGUCUUGCAUUCUGGCCACGCCUGGUUUUGACGGCUGGACCAAGAUUUUUGACAUGGGAUUCUGUAGGAGGUGUGGUGACAUCGUUGUUGGGCCUCGCUGUAAGUGCGGAGGCACAGCAGUUGUUAAGUGGGACCAGGGAGAGAAGCAAUCCCAAGACAGAUGGUCUCGGACAGCCGUCUACGUCGGCGAAUGCGGCCGCAGGCAUAUUGCCCAACCCCAAUGGGUCAGAACUAGCUAAAGUAUACGGCUCCAUCCUCCAACCCAAGGAAACACUGUCCUCUUACCACUGCGCCCUAUGUUCCACGUCGUUCCCGCCGGAUGCUACAAUAUAUCCCGAUCCAGCGAACUCGUCAUCCGAGGGAGGAGCAAAUCCGCGGUUUCUAUGCCGGUCCUGCUUCACGGAGAAUGGUGGAUCGAAGGGCCCAUGCGCAAGUUGCGGUAGGCCUGUCCUUAUUCUUAAGACCGAGGGGGGGGACAUUGGUGAUAAACCCAUGGUAGACCUGUUGGGUCGACCGAGUUGUGCAGAAUGUUUCGAGACCUGUCUGACGAGGUCCACCAAGGAAAGCCCUCAUAGGCCGGGCGACUUGGAGAGGAGCAACCUCGGAGGCACAAGGCGUACUGACCGGGAGCGGGAAGGUAGCCCAGCAUUGGAGGAACUGGAGCAGAGAUUGGGCAUUGUUCGGAGUCGCGAAGGUACUCCGGCCAAGGACGAUGAGCGGACAGGGAGAUCUAACAUUGGCACGAAGCACUCGAAUUUGACCCCAACAACUAAUCGCAGUCCGGCAACACGCUACACGCCUCGAGCAGCAGACGUUAGUCCGAUCGCGGAACGUCUUGCAGCUCGUGCGCGGACCGAUUCGUUUACACCUUUGACCAUCUCUCCUAUCACACAUGUCACGGGCGAUGGUACCUCGACAAUUCGUCCCUUGCGUAGGUUUCAGAGUCCAGAAUCAGACUCAACGGACGACGAUGCGGACAGUCUUUUGGCCUCGCGACACAACCUCAGGUACAGAAGCCCUGAGCCUGCAACGUCAGUAUCAGAUGGUAGUCCUGUUCCCCGUCGCACAUACAAUAGGUUCAAGAGUCCCGAGCCCGACCUACACGGCACCAGUCCUGCGUCUAGAAUAGGAGGGAGCCCACGUUACGGGAGUCCUGUAGGCUCGAAGCAGCCCACUGAAGAGGCCAUCGAAGAGAUGAAGCAGAGGUUCCUGAGGCAGGCUUCCCCUGCUCCUGCUUCUAGCUCGCGAAAACUGAUUCUCCUGGUCCAGCGUUUCGAACAGCCAGACUACACACUGCGCCGUGACCGUACUGGUGACGCCGAAGUAGAGUCCCUUUUGGGUGGACAGGCUCCUAUGCCCCUGGAGGACCUCAUUGACCUGAGUACAGAUGGCUUGGACAACGGCGAGCUCCCUCGCUCGGAGUCGACUGGACCCAUGACGGAAAUCCCGCUGCAGUCGCACAGUCUCUCUACGCGUUCAGGGCGAGAAGGACUGAAUAUCAGGACCAGCAUAUCAGCGUCAUCUUUCAACGCAAACUUCGAGCGAUCGGUACCAUCUACGCCAGACUUAGCGGGUGACCUUUCCGACACGACUUCGAACUCACAAUCCAGCGCGCCAUCGACACCACCAUCCAUCAGUCCUCCGAGCAGACGGACUUCAAAUGACAUAUUCCAUACUGGUGGCAUUUUGAGCCAUACUACAGGCGGGAGUGAAGGAGUCCGUCGUAAGAUGGAAUUGCCGUCUGUCACCCCGACGCCGAAAUCGAAGACGCACACACGAACGCUAGGCAUGUCGUCCCCAACCCCACUCUCACCAAAUGCGCGUUGUACGAAAUGCAAGCUUCCUCUUUUCACAACCAAGCACGGAGGGAAGUUUGUUACCGUGCCGGAGGAACCCUCAAGCAGCGGCGUACCGCCCAAGACGUACCACACGUCAUGUUUCAGGUGUAAAGUUUGUGACGGCUUAUUCGAAGAACGCGAGGGCGGCCAUGCAGUCUUUGCAAGAGGGCAAGAAGGCGCAUGUCAUGUUGAGUGCGCUCCGCCGGAGAAGGUUACAGUCUACACCAAGCCUCCUGUAGCUUCGAAGCUCCCGGUUUCAUCGACAAAGCCGGCGAUGGCGCCGAGAGCGAGCAAUAACACUCCAUACGCUACGACGCCCUCUUCUAGUCGAUACGAGCGCCCUCCUCCGACUGCACCUCCCACAAGUGCCGGUUUUACCUUCCCUCGCUUCGGUGGUUCAACAUCCUGUCCUGGUUGCAACAAGGCUGUUGCUGUCAUGGAGAGAGGGGUUGUGCAAGGGCCGCAAGGCACAAAGUGGCACGGGACAUGCCUUCUAUGCGGCGGGAAGGAUGCCAAGGGACGGAGGAAAGAAGCAGGCAAGCCUGGCUGCGGCAAGAAAUUGGACAGCGCUGCGAAGACGGAUAUGGACGGGCGGGUUUGGUGCCGGGAGUGUCUGGUAGAUAUCCAUUCAUCUACCACUUACAGGAUUCCGCAUCUGACAUUGAACCCGCAGCUUCUAUUACCAGCCGAGAUGCGCAACUCACCCUCUCCAGUCCGCGGACCACUCGUCGCUUCACAUACAGGAGGCCGUGGCAUCGCCCCACAGCACACCGGCACGACCACAAUAGCGCGCCAAUUCACAGGGAUUGGAAGCGGUUCGGACGCAUCGCUUAUGCGACAGCUCACCGGGGGCGGUCUGAGCCCUACGAGACAAUUGUCGUCUAGUCCGACGAAACUGCAUGAUGGCCCGAGACCUGGGCGCACGUAUCCCCGGCCCAAAUCUGUGAUCGGGAUGCGUAGUACGAAGAGCGAUGGUGAGGGGAGGGACGAUACAGAAGACGAGGGCUUCGAUGUAAUCGCCGCGCGAUCAACCCCGCGGCAUUAUAUGCGAGCAAUCGAGAAGGAAGGCCAUGACAACAUAAUUUGGCCUGCAAGGUGGGUGUCAUACAAGACUGAAUUCGGCCUGCAAAUGGGAAAGCGUGUGCGCGGGUUUGAGGCGGUUCGCGGGUUCGAUGAAUGGGCUGCAGGGAAUGGAGAGGUCACCGGGCGAUCCAAGAAGAGAGGUGGCGUUGAGCGACGGUCCAGGCGAGCACACCAGAAGAAACCCAUUAUGGGCAAGAUUCCAGCGUCCCGCGAUGGUGGCGCAGCCGGAGGCGAUGGGGGUCAGGAUGAAAUCAAGAGGGCGCGACCGUGCUCGGACUACACGCGUAGCCCGUCGUACAAACAUCUGCCUGGCGCAGAUGAGCCGCCAGAGAAGUGGGAUGUUGACCAGUGGAGGAGGGGCAAGCGGGCUCGCAGAGACACUCGUCUUACGCACUGCAAGCAGGCGCGAAGCAGUCUGGAAGAGCAGUAUGCUAACCCCUUCGGGGCUACGUUCGGCUCCCUGUUUGUGGAAGAGCGGACGCCCAGCCUUCCGUCGAUGCCGGCGCUCCCAAGCACGUCCGCUGCGUUCGAUCUAUUCCCAGAGCGGACCCGCAGGAAGCCGCGCCGCACCUCGCACGCGUCUCGACUCAACGCGCCGUUUUCCCAUGACGAUGACUUGAUGACGGCCGGGGAGCUCGAACAGAUGCGCUCACACGCGUUCGGCGAGUUACAGCGCAGUGUCGCCGAGAAUGGCGAGGGCCUCGUCGACCGGAUGCGCGAGUGGGAGAACUCGCGCCACCGGAAUGACAGAGAGAUGCGACGCAGGCAGCGGCGCCGGUCUGUGCAAUACGGCUCCUUGGCGGCGGGACGCGCGACUCGGGCAUCAGAGGCGGCGGCGGCGGCGGCUGAGAACCACGAUGACGACGACGUCGAGAUCGUCUCAGGUGACACGGGAUCGGCGCCCUUCCAUAUCCGGCCUCUCUCUCACAAGAAGCGCGCCCUGUCCCUGGACGUCGACAUGCCCGCCAUCCACCCUGCACUCACCAGCGACCGCUCCUCCUCCCCUCUCUCUGCCUCUGCUGCCCCGUCCACCUGCGCAUCUGACGACGAGGGGCACACGGCAACCCUCUUCACGCCCGCCCUCACGCAUGCCUACUCAAACUCCACAAACUCCUCCCUCAUAUCGCUUCCCCUCCCCAUCCACCUGCAGCCCCAUGACAUGUCACCAUCUUCCUCACCACCCUUCGUCUUCCCGAACGGCGCUCAGUUAGUCUCCACAGCCGCGCACGUUCCCUCUCCGGCGUCGCGCUCGGAGAAGGCCGUGGCAGCACUCACUCUGGCCAUGGCGAACGGCGCAUGUGGGCUGAACGACUACUCGGCUCUCCACUUCGCUGAAGGCGCUACCACCACCACCGUCACUAGUCCGCCGAUAGACGAGUGCCAAGUCGGCGAACUUUGGCACUGACACCUUCCGAAUCCACACCGCGCUACGCAACGGAAACCAAAAUAUGACUCUUGCAUUUCACGCAUAUCCCCGCACUCCCAUACUCGCAUCUUGCAUGACUCCAUCACGACAGCUGUCCCGACCUCACUGUUGCAUCAUCUCCCAUCCAAAUCAAACCGUUAACAAAUGUGCUAUAUCCAAGAACCUCCUCCUC